AUGAAGGCAGGUCGCCUUAAAGAGGAGAGGCAGCAUCACAGGGCAGUGGCAGCCCACGCAAGAGGAGAGGCAGCAUCACAGGGCAGUGUCAGCCCACGCAAGAGGCGAGGCAGCAUCACAGGGCAGUGUCAGCCCACGCAAGAGGCGAGGCAGCAUCACAGGGCAGUGGCAGCCCCCGCAAGAGGCGAGGCAGCAUCACAGGGCAGUGGCAGCCCACGCAAGAGGAGAGGCAGCAUCACAGGGCAGUGGCAGCCCACGCAAGAGGAGAGGCAGCAUCACAGGGCAGUGGCAGCCCACGCAAGAGGCGAGGCAGCAUCACAGGGCAGUGGCAGCCCCCGCAAGAGGAGAGGCAGCAUCACAGGGCAGUGGCAGCCCACGCAAGAGGAGAGGCAGCAUCACAGAGCAGUGGCAGCCCACGCAAGAGGCGAGGCAGCAUCACAGGGCAGUGUCAGCCCACGCAAGAGGCGAGGCAGCAUCACAGGGCAGUGGCAGCACCCGCAAGAGGCGAGGCAGCAUCACAGGGCAGUGUCAGCCCACGCAAGAGGCGAGGCAGCAUCACAGGGCAGUGGCAGCACCCGCAAGAGGCGAGGCAGCAUCACAGGGCAGUGUCAGCCCACGCAAGAGGAGAGGCAGCAUCACAGGGCAGUGUCAGCCCACGCAAGAGGCGAGGCAGCAUCACAGGCAGUGUCAGCCCACGCAAGAGGCGAGGCAGCAUCACAGGCAGUGGCAGCCCACGCAAGAGGCGAGGCAGCAUCACAGGGCAGUGUCAGCCCACGCAAGAGGCGAGGCAGCAUCACAGAGCAGUGGCAGCCCACGCAAGAGGCGAGGCAGCAUCACAGGGCAGUGGCAGCCCACGCAAGAGGCGAGGCAGCAUCACAGGGCAGUGGCAGCCCACGCAAGAGGAGAGGCAGCAUCACAGGGCAGUGGCAGCCCACGCAAGAGGCGAGGCAGCAUCACAGGGCAGUGGCAGCCCCCGCAAGAGGAGAGGCAGCAUCACAGGGCAGUGGCAGCCCACGCAAGAGGAGAGGCAGCAUCACAGGGCAGUGUCAGCCCACGCAAGAGGCGAGGCAGCAUCACAGGGCAGUGUCAGCCCACGCAAGAGGAGAGGCAGCAUCACAGGCAGUGGCAGCCCACGCAAGAGGAGAGGCAGCAUCACAGGGCAGUGUCAGCCCACGCAAGAGGCGAGGCAGCAUCACAGGGCAGUGUCAGCCCACGCAAGAGGCGAGGCAGCAUCACAGAGCAGUGGCAGCCCACGCAAGAGGCGAGGCAGCAUCACAGGGCAGUGUCAGCCCACGCAAGAGGCGAGGCAGCAUCACAGGGCAGUGGCAGCACCCGCAAGAGGCGAGGCAGCAUCACAGGGCAGUGUCAGCCCACGCAAGAGAAGAGGCAGCAUCACAGGGCAGUGUCAGCCCACGCAAGAGGCGAGGCAGCAUCACAGGGCAGUGUCAGCCCACGCAAGAGGCGAGGCAGCAUCACAGGGCAGUGGCAGCCCACGCAAGAGGCGAGGCAGCAUCACAGGGCAGUGUCAGCCCACGCAAGAGGCGAGGCAGCAUCACAGAGCAGUGGCAGCCCACGCAAGAGGCGAGGCAGCAUCACAGGGCAGUGGCAGCCCACGCAAGAGGCGAGGCAGCAUCACAGGGCAGUGGCAGCCCACGCAAGAGGCGAGGCAGCAUCACAGGGCAGUGUCAGCCCACGCAAGAGGCGAGGCAGCAUCACAGGGCAGUGUCAGCCCACGCAAGCACCACUGGCAAAGUGUAA